AUGCAAACGGCACUUUAUAUACUGAUCCCGCGGCGUUUUUACGGCCGGGUUUACAAGCGGCGGGCGCUGAGGGGCCGGGGCCGGCGCUGGGCAGCCCGGGCUCGCUCCCCACCUUCCUCCCGUUGCAAACAGGUGUUUCCGCGCCCUCCGACACCGUAUCCGUGGCAGCAGCUGCCGGGAGCGCUGCAGACAGACGGAGGCAGGCACGGGGAGACGUGCGGGCCCCGCCAGGGGAGGGGAAAACGCCAGCCCGGCCGGGCAGCGCCCGAGCCUCGCCUCGGUGAGGAGCCGCAGUCGGAGCCGCCCCGCCACCGCCCGGCCCCGCCAGGCGGCGCUGCCGCUGCUCGCCGCGCUGCCGCUGCCCCGCCGGGGCCGGGCGCUGAGGGCAGCAGGGGAUCGGCAUCGCCCCGUGCCACGCCAGGGGAGGGAAAGAACCACGGGCAAGCCCCCCCCCAAAAAAACAGCCCGCAAACGCAGCAGCUCGCUUUGCUACUGGGGACGCCUCGGGCUGCAGCCUCGGUGGAUCCUCGAGGGGGGCAACAGUGGGCAGGGCUGAAGUAUCGGACCCCCCCUCAGAGGGUCUCGGCCUCCUUAAGGGGCCUCACACCUCAGCGUGUUUCCCGUCGGCGAGUCUGUCCCCUCACGGAUCUCCCCCUUCGGCAGGCCUGGGCAACACUCUGUUGUGAAGACAUGAAGAAAAUUGUGAUAUUACGACAUGGAGUAUCCACACGUGCAUCUGCAGCGGGUGAGGGAUCUGGUUUUUAAAUGCGAGAUGGGGGUGUUUUUUCCUGUCAGAGCUGCGGCUGUAAAAGGGGUGUAGUUGAUGCAGAACUUGACACAUGAAGCCUAAAGCCAUGGGUAUUUUUAAAACGUAGUCUGUUCCUGAGGUAGUAAAAUCUGUGCAAGUGUGUUUGCUGGCUAUUUGUCAUGUAUGGUUACGUGGGGAUACCACUGUCUGUGGAGUUCAGGCAUCCCACAGCAAAGAUGGUGUUUUUAUGUCUGUGUUAUUUAUAUGAAGAUUCAGGUAUGGUUGGGUAACUGAAGGAAAUGAACUCUGUCUGCUGAAAAUGAGAGAAGCCCAAGAAGGGGAGGGGAGGAGGAACACCCCGAAUCUGAAUAACUGCUAAGGUCAUAAUCCUGUUAAUGCUGUGAAUUUAAUGCAUGAAAUUCAUAUAAUGUGAAUGAUCCCAGU